AUGAAUAUCUUCAGGCUUGCUGCGGAUAUGACCCAUCUCAUUUCCAUAUUGGUCUUGCUGCUGAAAAUCCACGCCACACGUUCCUGCAGAGGCAUUUCGCUGAAGACUCAGGACCUGUAUGCGCUCGUAUUCCUUUUCCGCUACUUGGACCUGUUCACACGCUACAUUUCCUUGUACAACACUGUGAUGAAGCUGGUGUUCCUUGGGACCUCGUUCUCGAUCAUCUACUUCAUGAGGUUCCACCGGGUUGUGCGCAACACAUAUGACAAGGAGCAGGACACCUUCCGGUCAAUAUUCAUCGUCGUCCCAUGUGCAGUACUGGCCCUGCUCAUCAACCAGGAGAGGAGCGUCCUUGAGAUCUUGUGGACUUUCUCGAUCUACCUGGAGGCAGUGGCAAUCUUGCCGCAGCUGGUGCUGCUGCAGCGGACACAGAACAUUGACAACCUGACCGGGAACUAUGUCUUCCUGCUCGGGACGUAUCGGGGGCUGUACAUCCUGAACUGGAUAUACCGCUACCUCACAGAGCCCCACUACCGGCAGUGGAUUGUGUGGCUGAGCGGGGUGCUGCAGACCGGGUUGUAUGUGGACUUCUUCUACUACUACUUCCUGGCCUGGCGGAACAACCAGAAGCUGUCCCUGCCCCAGUAGUCUUGAGGAGGCUUAUAUGUGGUGCUCAGUAAUCAUGUGUACUUGGCUGGAGGCUCCCUAGUAUGAACAGUGCCUGCUGCCCCUGCCAUGUUUGCCAGUCGCUUAGCAGCAGUGAGGGUCGGCUUUGAGGUUCUUAGCAAUGCAGAAAAAUAUAUAUUUCAUUUGUCUAGAGAGUGCCUUUCAGCACAAGCAAGCUCCCAUUCAUCUGUAUGUGCUUGAGAUCGGAGAGGUUCCUGAGUGCAGUGCAUGAGAGUAGAACAGCAGAGUCGAGAAUUUCCCAAGAAUAUUGAGGGUGCAGCAUGCUGGAUGAGGAGUAACACUGAAGAAAUGGUGCUGGAUGGGUAACAAGGUGUUUGUAAUGCAGCUUUCCUAC